AUGCGUCUUCGAGACAUUCUCAUAGUGUGCGUGGCCAUCAUUUUCUGCAUCUUUGGAUGGUCGCAGGAGGGUGGCCUCACCGUUCGGCGCAACUUUAAGAUUCCCGUCUCGGAUGUGGAGAUCACACAGUACGUGAUGAGUAGGCCGGUGGUGUCGGACCUGAUGGGUGACGGUCGGCCGGUGCUCCUCGCAAGCACCAGCUACGGUAUUCUUGAGGCCUUCAAAACGCACCUGGCGCGAGGCAACUCGGAGAACGUGUUUCUGACUGUUCGUUCCGGCCAGUCGAGGAACUUGUACGCUCGCAUUGUCGCCAUUGCCGUCGGCAAGCUUAGCAGAACAGGCAAGGAAAACGCCAUUGUUGUGGUGACGGACGACUUUCGCCUGCGCCGACUCUCUCCGCACGAUCUGACGGAGAUUUGGGAUGUUUCUCUGUCUGGCGUUUGGGUCGAGACGUACCACGCCUCCGUGAGCAUCGUUCCAGAGCGCAUUCACAAGCAGGACGAGGGCACCGUUCUCGUGGCGAUUAGGGUCACAGGCCCGAACGCAACGGAGUUGAUGUUGUAUGCCGCCUUUAACGGGGCUGAUGGUCAGGUGCGGUGGCGCUACACCUCAGACGCCGAUAAUUCUAUUCAGGAGGUGCUUGGUGGCGCGUGUGACAAUGAGACAGAGUGCAUCCUAGCCGACAAUGUGACUUCCCUCAGGCGCAACGCUAUCGUCAAGAGCCAAGAGGUUCGGAAUCAGUUUCGCGCGCAGGAAAAGCCAUGGACGUUUUACCGUGAGGCGAUCAUUACGCUCCUGCCGCAUCACUAUUCUCAUCCCUGGGAUGAGCACAUCCACCCACAUGUUUUUUUUCACUCCAAGAAUCGAAAGAAGCGUUCCUUUCGGGCAGGAAACAGGGUGGUGGUAAAAUAUAAGGACCGACUUAUUCGCAUGAAUAAGGAGGAUUACGGAGCUCUUGGAGAGAAGCUGGGCCGGAUGAAUCUGCAGGGUGCGGCGGCAGCCCCUGUAAAUAAAAGCCGUCCUCGGGCCGCGAACGCAAUGAUAUUUCACGGUAAGAAUAGUAUCGAGGUGAUUCACCUUUACACGGGGAGUGUCAUUACGAGAUUGGCUCCUCUAAAGUCUGCGGGGGUGUAUUACCACGACAUCAACGACGACUUUCAGGUGGAUGCUGUCGGGACGCAAAUAGGACCACGCGUGGAGAUGCAUUCUCGCCAUGGUGUGGACUUGCUUGACGAUUGCCUUGGUGUCAUACACACAGGGAUCCCAGUGGCGGAGGAUCGUCUAUUCAACGCGACCAUAUGUGACACGGAGGGUUUUUUUGGCCGUCUAGACCUUAUUCACCACUUCAUUGACGGCGAUGUGCGGGGUGAGGAGGCGCCCCACGCACUCAACACUCUUGAGCUCAUUGGAAGCCGCAAUGUUGUGUCGAAGAAGACUCGCAGUGUUACACCAAUUGUAGUACAGCUGCACACAAUGCGGGGUCGGGAUUUGUUUCAAGUGGAAAGGCAUGCCGUAUUCUUGAUUGACACAGGGUUGGUCACGUGCGUGGAUCCUUCACGUCGUCGGGUGAUGUGGCGUACACAGACGGAUGCCACUUUCUACGGUCUUCGUGAAGCAGCCGAGGCAGACGCGGGUACGGCAGGAUUGUCUGCAAAGGAACGCAUGCAUCGUGCAGUGACAUUUCCGCAUUUGGCCGCCUACAGCUUUUACCAGAGCCAGGAUGACUCUGUUAUGAGUGUCAGCGGGUCUAAACGGUAUCUGCACACCGAUCCGUUUAUUAUAGCACUAGGGGAGCGAUACAUGAGUAUUCUGGGCACACGGAACGGUCGUGUGCUGCGCACGAUAGAGUUGGAAUCUCCUCCUGUGGCCCCCGUCAUUGUGCGGGACUUUAACGGGGAUGGAAUAAACGACAUCAUAGUUGUGACGAAGGAGGGGAUCUACGGUUUUGCUGUGGGAACGCAGACGUCAUCGGAGACCAUUACGGCUCUGAUGCUUCUCAUGGUGACGCUGCUGGCUGUGCUCUUUGUUGUACGUGAGAUAAGCUUGGUGAACGAAAACAAUACGGAGUUUCUUCCCACCUGCGUCCAAGAUAUGCACCAGCCCGCACAGAAGGUGUCGAGGCGUGCCACGGACUGA